GGCAAGUUUCAUUCUUCGAGGUGUGCUAGAAAAAAAAGUCAAAAUCGUUCUUUCAAGAAGUUGCGUCACCCACAUGUUCUGUUUGAAGUGAAAUAAAGCCUGCAAAUAAAUUAAAUAGUUGAUAAUACUGUCGCAAAAAUGUUGACCGCUACGCGGGUGAUUAGCCGCAAGGCUUUGGAGUGCUCCGGCUUUAGUUCAGACAUAUACACACAAAGGAAUUUCUCGUCAAUCCUCAGAAACACCGCAGCCCCUACUGUGCCUAUUUACCAGCAACAUGCUGUCCAGUACAGGAACAAGUCAGAGGGAGUCCGUGGUGCAGUCAUCGGUAUUGACUUGGGUACCACCAACUCCUGUGUCGCAGUCAUGGAGGGAAAGACGCCUAAGGUGGUUGAAAACAGCGAAGGUUCACGCACGACGCCAUCACACGUCGCUUUCAGCAAAGAAGGCGAGCGUCUCGUCGGUAUGCCCGCCAAACGCCAAGCGGUCACGAACAGCGGUAAUACCUUCUACGCCACCAAAAGGCUGAUUGGAAGACGCUUUGAUGACCCUGAGGUCCAGAAAGACAUGAAGAAUCUGUCGUACAAGGUCGUCAGAGCGUCCAAUGGCGACGCUUGGGUGCAAGGUAGUGACGGCAAAGUAUACUCCCCAUCGCAAAUCGGUGCAUUCGUACUGAUGAAGAUGAAGGAGACAGCCGAGGCAUACCUGAACACCUCAGUGAAGAAUGCAGUCAUCACCGUACCAGCUUACUUCAAUGACUCUCAGCGACAGGCCACCAAGGAUGCAGGUCAAAUUUCUGGUUUGAACGUGUUGAGAGUGAUCAACGAACCGACCGCUGCCGCCCUCGCUUACGGCAUGGACAAGACUGAUGAUAAAAUCAUUGCCGUAUACGACUUGGGAGGCGGUACCUUCGAUAUCUCAGUGCUGGAGAUCCAGAAGGGAGUGUUUGAAGUGAAGAGUACCAACGGAGACACCCUCCUCGGAGGUGAGGACUUUGACAACGUGAUCGUCAACUUCCUCGUCGAUGAAUUCAAGCGUGAUCAAGGCUUAGACAUCCGUAAGGACGCGAUGGCUAUGCAGAGAUUGAAGGAAGCUGCCGAGAAGGCUAAGAUUGAGCUUUCAGGAUCUCUUCAGACCGACAUCAACCUGCCUUACCUCACCAUGGACGGUUCCGGACCCAAACACAUGAACCUCAAGAUGACCCGUUCAAAACUGGAGUCCCUGGUGGGUGACCUGAUCAAGCGUACUGUGGCUCCCUGCCAGCGAGCUCUACAGGAUGCUGAGGUCCAACGCUCAGACAUUGGGGAGGUGUUGCUGGUUGGAGGCAUGACCCGUAUGCCUAAGGUCCAAUCAACAGUGCAAGAGAUCUUCGGUCGCGCUCCAUCGCGCGCCGUGAACCCCGACGAGGCCGUCGCCGUGGGCGCCGCUGUCCAGGGAGGAGUUCUCGCCGGUGACGUCACGGAUAUCUUGCUCCUCGACGUCACUCCUCUUUCCCUCGGUAUUGAGACCCUCGGAGGAGUGUUCACCAAGCUAAUCACCAGAAAUACAACGAUCCCCACAAAGAAGAGUCAAGUUUUCUCCACAGCUGCUGACGGUCAAACACAAGUCGAAAUCAAAGUACACCAAGGCGAGCGAGAAAUGGCAGCCGACAACAAACUCCUGGGACAAUUCUCACUCGUGGGCAUUCCGCCCGCGCCCCGAGGAGUCCCGCAGAUUGAGGUCACAUUCGAUAUUGACGCUAACGGCAUCGUACACGUGUCUGCCAGGGAUAAGGGAACCGGAAAAGAACAACAGAUUGUGAUCCAAUCAUCGGGCGGUCUAUCGAAGGACGAGAUCGAGAACAUGGUGAAGGCGGCGGAACAGUUUGCGGCCACUGACAAGCAGCGCCGCGAGCGAGUCGAGGUCUCCAACCAGGCUGAGGGCGUUCUUCACGACACUGAAACUAAGAUGGACGAGUACAAGAGCCAGUUGCCCCAGGACGAGUGUGACAAGCUCCGUGGCGAGAUCGCGAAGCUCCGUGAGUUGCUCGCCAAGAAGGAGAGCGCCGACCCCGAGGAGAUCCGCACAGCCACCUCCACGCUGCAGCAGGCUAGCCUCAAGCUCUUCGAACAAGCCUACAAGAAGAUGGCAGCGGAACGUGAAGGUCAACAGCAGACGCAACAAACCGAACAGAGCCAGGAGAAGAAGGAGGAGAAGAACUAAGUGGUAUCUUAUUGGACAGGACUCUAUAGUGUACAGGCAGUAAUUUAAUUACGUGGCAACAUUGUUAUUACGUCACAACCAACCAGAGACUAAAACUUAUCCAUCCAACAUGGCUACUCAAAAAAGUCAUUUGACAUAAUAUAACCGAGUUAUUAAAAAAAAGAAAAAGUAGUUAUUCAUUGCAAGAUUCUGAAAAAACUGGUUUUGGCAGACGAGAGGUUAAACAACAUUAGCGCACCUAUUAUUUUGGUGCGAUUUAAAGGGUAAAGUCAAGUCCAAAGCUCAGAAACAUGUAACAGACAUGUAAUUAUGAGUGAACGCGGAUUCUGGUUUGUUCUGUAUUCUGAGGUCCAAAGUAACCAAUGUACAGGAUAAGUUUUAGAAUCUGGUUAUGUCGAUAACGAAUUUGCGAAAAGCAUUUUCGCGCGUCGACUGCGGCUUAAAAACGAAUCUUAGAGAAAAUGCAUUUACAAUAUUGCAGAAUGGCCCC